AUCCAACUUUCCCUUUACUCUCAACUCUCAAACCAAAAAUGGCCAACUUUGAGAUUCUUCUUCUCCUUGUUCUCUGCACCCUCCAGAGUUGCUUCGCUGCCUCCAACCCCACCAACUUCAUAAAAUCCUCCUGCAGCGCCACCCAGUACCCCGCCCUCUGCGUGGAGUCGCUCUCGGUGUACGCCGCCGCCAUCCAGCAGGACCCACACCAGCUCGUCCAGACGGCUCUCUCCCUGGCCCUCAACCGAACCGAGUCUACCAAAACCUUCGUGGCCAAGUGCAACAAGUUCAGGGGUCUCAAGCCACGGGAGUACGCCGCCCUCAAAGACUGCGCGGAGGAAAUCAGCGACAGCGUCGACCGCCUCUCUCGGUCGUUGAAGGAGCUGAAGCUCUGCAAGGGGAACGGUCAGGACUUCGCCUGGCACAUCAGCAACGUGGAGACGUGGGUGAGCUCUGCGCUCACCGACGAGAGCACGUGCGGCGACGGCUUCGCCGGAAAGGCGCUCAGCGGCAAGAUCAAGAACGCCAUCAGGGGCAGAAUGGUGAAUGUUGCUCAGGUCACCAGCAAUGCCCUCUCUCUCAUCAACCAGUAUGCUGCCAAACACUAAACCAAGUUUUUUUUUUUUUUUUUUAUGUUCUGAAAAAAAAAAAAAAAACUACUCUGUAUGGUUUGAUCGAGUGUUCUUUUUCGUGUUUCAUGUAAUGUGUAUGUAAAAUCAAGUGAGUCAGUUUAAAAGUUUAAAUAGAUAUAUGAAUUUUCUUUGCUUGAACAA